GAGAGAGAGAGAGAGAGAGAGAGACAGGGUGACUGAAUUCAUAUAUUCAUUGUCACAAGGUAAUGUAUCAGUCUUCACUGACAACAGUAGAGUGCGCAGACCACUAGCCUAAACAUGUCGGACCUGACCUACGGAGAGCAGACUAACAGGAAUAAUCUGACGGAUCACAACAUGAGCGGAGAUGAACUUGUUUUCUUUGUAAAUGGAAAAAAGAUAACAGAGAAACAUGCUGAUCCAGAGAUGACACUGCUGACAUACCUCAGGAGAAAGUUGGGUUUGACAGGUACUAAGCUGGGCUGUGCAGAGGGAGGAUGUGGAGCCUGUACUGUGAUGCUCUCCAAAUAUCAGCCCCACCUCAGCAAAGUGCUUCACCACUCGGUGAAUGGGUGUCUGGCCCCUCUGUGUUCUCUCCAUCACUGUGCUGUCACCACAGUGGAAGGCAUCGGCAGCGUGGCAGGGAAACUCCACCCCGUACAGGAGCGUAUCGCUAAGUCUCAUGGUUCUCAGUGUGGGUUCUGUACCCCAGGUAUCGUCAUGUCUAUGUAUGCUCUGCUCAGGAACAACCCUACACCCCGCAUGGCUGACAUAGAGGAGGCGUUCCAAGGGAACCUGUGUCGCUGUACUGGUUACAGACCAAUUCUGGAGGGGUACAAGACGUUCACCAAAGAGAGGAGCUGUUGUGGUGGCAAAGGGAUGGAAAACGGCUGCUGCAUGACCAACAGAGGAGAGACCAAAGGGUACACUGACGAGAGUGUCAACAGAACCUCAGUGCUGCCUGCUCCUCUCUACAACCCAGCUGACUUCCUCCCUCUGGACCCCACUCAGGAGAUCAUCUUCCCACCAGAGCUGAUGUCCCUGUGUAAAGGCCAGUCCUCUCAACAGCUGAGGUUCAGAGGAGAGAGGGUUCUGUGGCUUCAGCCAGCUUCUCUGGAUCAACUUCUAGAGCUUAAGACUCAGUACCCCAACGCCAAGAUGGUGGUUGGUAACACGGAAGUCGGUAUUGAGAUGAAGUUUAAGAACCUGUUGUAUCCUGUUAUUCUGGCCCCGGGAUACAUCCCCGAGCUCAACACCAUACAGCACACUAACGAGGGUAUAGUAUUUGGAGCGUCCUGUUCCCUGACCCUGCUGGGUGAUGUGCUGAAGGCUGCGGUGGGUAAACUGCCCCCCUACCAGACUGAAGUCUUCAACGCUGUGCUGGAGCAACUUCGCUGGUUCGCUGGACUACAGAUACGCAACGUGGCAGCCAUUGGAGGUAACAUCAUGACUGCCAGCCCCAUCUCUGACCUCAACCCUGUCUUUAUGGCUGCUGGAUGCAAGCUUACGCUCAUGUCCAAAGGUGGUGAGCGUGUGGUUGUGAUGGAUGAGAAGUUCUUCCCAGGUUACAGAAAGACCAUCCUGACACCUGAGGAGGUUCUUCUAUGUGUCCUGAUCCCGUACACCAAGAAGGGUCAGUACUUUGCUGCCUAUAAGCAGUCUCCUCGUCGUGAGGAUGACAUCAGCAUUGUGACGUCAGGGAUGAGUGUGACAUUCGCCGAGGGGUCAACCGUCGUCAAGCACCUGGCCCUUAGUUACGGAGGGAUGGCUGCUACUACUGUCAUAGCUAAGAACACAGCCAGCAGACUUCUGGGAAAACAGUGGGGGGAAGAGCUUCUGCAGGAUGCUUGUUCCUCAUUGGCUGAGGAGAUGACCCUUCACCCCUCUGCGCCGGGUGGCAUGGUGACCUACCGACGAACUCUGACCCUCAGCCUGUUUUACAAGUUUUACCUGACUGUACAACAGAAACUGGUCAGUGAGGGUGCAUAUAUAGAGGGUGUCAGAGCUGACUACAUCAGUGCUACAGAGAUCUACCACCAGACGCCUCCCUCCAGUGUCCAGAUUUUCCAGGCGGUUCCAGACGGUCAGAAGGAGGAGGACGUGGUGGGCCGUCCCAUGAUGCACCUCUCAGCCUUGAAGCAGGCGACAGGCGAGGCGGUUUACUGUGACGACAUCCCUCUCUACGAGAACGAACUGUACCUCUGUCUUAUAACCAGCACCAAGGCCCACGCAACCAUACAAUCUAUAGAUACAGCGGAGGCAGAGAGUAUGCCAGGAGUGGUGACGUGUGUGUUCGCCAAGGACAUCCCUGGCAGCAACAUGACAGGACCUAUCGUCUACGACGAGACUGUCCUCGCUGAUGACACGGUGACGUGUGUGGGCCACAUCAUAGGAGCGGUAGUAGCAGACACUCAGGCUCACGCUCAGAGAGCAGCCAAGGCCGUGAGGAUCACCUACCAGGAACUACAGCCUGUAAUCAUCACCAUACAGGAUGCCAUUACCCACCAGUCCUUCUUCCAGCCGGUUAGAACCAUCCAGAGGGGAGACCUGGACCAAGGGUUCACACAGGCUGACCACAUCCUGGAGGGUGAGAUGCAUAUGGGAGGCCAGGAACACUUCUACCUGGAGACCAACGUUACUGUAGCUGUACCUAAAGGAGAGGAUGGAGAGAUGGAGCUGUUUGUCUCUACUCAGUCUGCUACCAAGACCCAGUCUCUGGUUGCUAAGGUGUUGGGUGUCCCGGCCAGUAGAGUGGUGAUCAGAGUGAAGAGGAUGGGAGGAGGAUUCGGAGGGAAGGAGAGCAGGUCAACCACCCUGUCUACCAUGGUUGCUGUGGCUGCGCAGAAGUUGAAGAGGCCAGUGAGAUGUAUGUUGGAUAGAGAUGAAGACAUGCUGGUGACGGGAGGACGACACCCCUUCUAUGGAUGUUACAAGGUGGGCUUUAUGAAGUCAGGUAAAGUGGUGGCUCUGGAAGUGACCUACUACAGCAACGCAGGCAACUCCAUGGACCUCUCUCUCUCAAUCAUGGAGCGUGCGUUGUUCCACAUGGAGAACUCUUACAGCAUCGCUAACAUUAGAGGGCGUGGCUACAUAUGUAAGACACACCUCCCGUCCAACACAGCCUUCCGAGGGUUUGGCGGGCCACAAGGAAUGUUGAUUGCUGAGAGUUGGAUGAGUGAUGUAGCUCUGAGCCUCGGGCUGCCCGCCGAACAGGUACGUCGUCUGAACAUGUACAUCCAGGGAGAGAGGACUCCUUACAGCCAGAUCCUGGAUCACAUCACUCUGGACCGCUGCUGGGACCAAUGUCUGGAGAUAUCAUCCUUCACCCAACGUAGAGCUGGAAUAGAGACAUACAACAGGGACCACCGUUGGACUAAGCGAGGGCUGUCUGUUGUCCCCACCAAGUUUGGUAUCAGCUUCACCGCUGCCUUCCUUAACCAGGCCGGUGCAUUGGCUCAUAUUUACACAGACGGCUCCGUGCUGUUGACUCACGGAGGGACUGAGAUGGGACAGGGUCUAAACACCAAGAUGGUGCAGGUGGCCAGUAGGACCCUGGGUAUCCCCAGCAGUAAGAUCCACAUCACAGAGACCAGCACCAACACUGUUCCCAACACCAGCCCUACUGCUGCCUCUGCUUCCUCCGACCUCAACGGAGCCGCUGUGCAUAAUGCGUGUGAGAUCCUACUCCACCGUCUAGAACCCUACAAGACCAAGAAUCCUAAAGGAUGCUGGGAGGACUGGGUGAACGCUGCCUACUUGAUCUGUUUUCAGGUGAACGCUGCCUACUUGAUCUGUUUUCAGGUGAACGCUGCCUACUUGAUCUGUUUUCAGGUGAACGCUGCCUACUUGGACCGGGUCAAUCUGUCUGCUAAUGGAUUCUACAAGACUCCAGACCUUGGUUAUGACUUUGAGACCAACACAGGUCGUCCUUUCAACUACUUCAGUUAUGGAGUGGCCUGCUCUGAGGUGGAGAUAGACUGUCUGACCGGCAGCCACAAGAACAUUCAUACGUCCAUCGUCAUAGAUGUGGGGAAUAGUCUGAACCCAGCUCUGGACAUAGGACAGGUAGAGGGGGGCUUUAUGCAGGGUGUGGGUCUGUACACCCUGGAGGAGCUGAAGUAUUCUCCCGAGGGAUACCUGUUCACGCGAGGACCAGGCAUGUACAAGAUCCCCGCCUUUGGAGACAUCCCCACUGACCUCACAGUGUCUCUGCUCCGAGACGCCCCCAACGACAAGGCCAUCUUCUCCUCCAAGGCAAUAGGUGAGCCUCCUCUCUUCCUUGCGGCCUCUGUGUUUUUUGCCAUCAAAGAUGCCAUCAUCGCUGCCAGGAAGGAGUCAGGCCUUAGUGGGCCCUUCAGAUUGGACAGCCCGGCCACACCUGAGAGGAUACGCAACGCCUGCGAGGAUCGCUUCACCAAACUGUGCCCCCCUGCAGAGCCAGGCACCUUCACUCCAUGGGCUGUCGUAGUGUAAGAUGAACGGAACUAGAGAGAGAAGAGAGAGAGACGGAGGGGGAAAAGAGUAGGAUAGCAAGCAGAGAGAGAAAGUUAAUCUGUUCCAAAAUUAUGCCAUUCAAUUCCUUUGUCUCAGUCUGAGGAAAUGGCUGUUCUAAUCAGUUUGUCAUGGAGACAGAACCCUAAUCAGUUUGGAAUGGAGACAGAACCCUAAUCAGUUUGGAAUGGAGACAGAACCCUAAUCAGUUUGGAACUCUUAUCCUAACGCACACAUGGGUGGAUCUCGGUAGUGUAAAGGGGCAUCAUCUCCUUGUCUCCUGUCUCUCAUCCUUACUGAGCUGAGAAUUCAGAACAAUAUAGUGGAUGUUGGGGGUCUGCUUUCACCUGUCCACUAGUUUUAGAUCAGUGAAGAGGAAGAGACUAUUAAAGAUGAAGCCCAGAUCUGAAGCCUACCUGGCUAUCAGCACUUUGACCUAGGAAGCAGUCCUAGUCCGGUUCCCCACAUAGCCACCAUGGUGCGUUCCAAAAUAGGUCAGGGGGCCACAGAUUCUGAUUGGAGGAAAGUGUUGCUGAGGCCGCGGGAACAGACCAAUCACACACCACUGUAACUGUUGAUGAUCUUUUUCAAGGGAUGUCAAUAAUUUUCAGACCUCACUGCAUAUCAUAUACAAAUGACGUAUGAUCAAUUCACUAUCUGUAAUGAUGCCUGUUAUAUACCUUUAUCAAAUAAGUCAACAUCUUGUAUUUGUGUGUAAAAGAGAUGAUAAGUGUGUUUAAAUUAAUAUAAUUUCCUAAAUGUAUGAUAUUUUAUACAAUUUAAUUUAAUAUGCCUUUUACUAGCAGAAAUUUUGAUUUUAUUUAGUGGUUGUGUUGAGGAAUAGAGUUUUAUAGGAAUCAUUUGUUUAAUUUGUUUUAUGUGUAAUCUCAGGUUUUAGUAAAACAGCACCAUCUGGUGGCCGGUAGUGUGUCUGCUGUGCUACUGUUUUCAAUUCAACUUAGUUAAAUACUACUUGACUGACACAGAAAUAACUCAAUUACUUCAACUACUUGAUAAGACCGAGACAAACAAUUAAAAGAGACUAUCAAGCAUUGGUGUAAUUGAAGAAUCAGCUUUAUUUAACAUUUCAAUAAUGUACAGAGUUUGUCUGUUGAAUAAACAUAGAUUUCCAAUCCUC